AUGCCUGAUAUACUCCAGACCCGUCCUCGAUCAUCCUCGUCCUCGACGCAGAGACUUGGACCAUUCCCAUUCGUAAACGCACGGAAUGGGGCUUUGGCUACGCAUGUCACAAUCCCUGAUGGCCAACCCGACGAAACCUGCAUUAUACCGCCACACACCUUAUCGCUCCCCCCCAGCAUCGUUCCCAGGACGCCGCCCCCUUCGCCUUCAGACCCGAAGUUACAUGCGACGGCCGAGCAGGACCUAGUCAUGCCUUUCAUCCUCACCGACUCAGACGACACAGGCGAAGAAACCUCGACGACACCCACGCUUGAUACCGGGAAACUCCUUGCCCAAGUUCAACAGCUAUCUCACGACUUUGACUCUAAGCUUGACCACUCUGAGAAAACCCUGCGAAACUACACCGAUCAGGAGACUGGUCAACAAGCGAAACUAUUCUCCGCUCGCUUCAAAGACGUCCGGAAAUUUGUAGAAGACCGAGUGAGCGACGUCAGAGCGGAAAUAAGCAGCAUAGAUGAAGGGCACGAGUAUACGUUGAUGGGACUUGAAGCCAAAGUAGCUGCGUUGUAUGCGAAGCUUGACGACGUAGUCGCUCGUCCUAGCGAGACUCCACCAGGUGCCAUGGGUGUCCAUACACCAGCGGGCGCGACAUCAGAAACGGGACAAACUACUGCAAGCAAUGUUGCACACUUAAACUCGCAUCGGAUUGUCAUGCAAGGCAGUGCGCUCAAAACCCUCCAGACGGACGUUGACAACAUCUCGAAGACUCAACAAGAGUUUCAGGCCGUAUAUGGCGCGUCAUCUCUUCAUUGA